UUUCUCUUAGCUGAUCCAUUCACAGCAGCCUGUUGUUUGAUUUCUUUUUUAUUCUCAAUCUCCUCCCUUUUAAAGCCUAAACCGCACCUCUUAGUUUAAAUUAUUCAUAAACCCGUCAUCGGAAGCAGCGACCUUUGAUUUCCGACAGAAAUUUAUUUUAAAGGAGAACUGAAAACACUAGAGACACAACUGCAAGAAAAAGAACGCAGGAGCUAUCCCUUUAAUAUACCAACAGAAAAACACGAUUCGAGGGGGGUUAAAAGGAAGGAAUAAACACAAUACCAAACGAAAACAGAUACAAAUUACCACCAUUUCAGUGACAAAAAGACACCAGGUGAAGUGUUUGGAUUGCAAUGUGAUGCUUAGCAGGAGCCCCUGUGACUGCGUGUGGGUGAGAAUACCAGGGGGAAGCAAGGGCUGCCUCACAGGAGCUUAGAAGGAGCCCCUGUGACUGUGUGUGGGUGAGGAUCCCGGGAGAAAGCAAGGGCUGCCUCACAGGAGCUUAGAAGGAGCCCCUGUGACUGUGUGUGGGUGAGGAUCCCGGGAGAAAGCAAGGGCUGCCUGACAGGAGAUCUGAAGAAUAAUCGGCCGCUCGAUGGGGAUUAACAGAGGAGCUCCCACUUGUGUCGCCUUCCCGUCUCUGUGCUGCCAGCCCAUCCUUUUCAGCACUUGCUCCAUAGCAAUCAUGAAACUUGUAUUAACUGAAUGGCAAUUGAUAUGGAUUUUGAAUUGUAGUAGACAGUAAAAUCGCAUGGCAAAGCCAUAUUUUUUCACAACUUCUUGCUUACCAAAGACCUGCUGGUGUUCUUCUACCGCAGACCUUUGAAUGUCUGUUGAAUCCCUGAGGAAGGAAUACAUCCAGGUUUAAAAGAGAAGACCUCCAAAAACAGAAGAAAAGAACGUGGAGGUUAUUAAAAAAAACUAAGAAAGGAACGACAUGCAAUCGAGAGAGAAAAAAUAAGACAACUUCUUAAUUUAUCCCAGAGUUAUACAUAUAUAAAAUAUAUAAAUAUAUAUAUAUCUAUCUAUAUCUGUAUUAUUUAUAAAUAUUCUCUAUAAAUAUUGUAUUGGAAGAAGCUCUAUAUUUUGUACUCCUGACGACCAUGGCUCCCCAGAAUGCUGACUCGGAUACGAUGCAAGUGGAGGGUCUGCCGGUGGCUCAGCUCAAGAAGAAGCAGGGCGAGGGCAGGGAGAGCGAGAGCGGGGAGGAUGCGGGGAGCGAGGCCUCCAUAGACAGGAUCCCUAUGCGCCGCUGGGUCAUGCACGGGGCAGUGAUGUUCGGACGGGAGUUCUGCUAUGCCAUGGAGACGGCCCUCGUCACACCGGUUCUGUUGCAAAUAGGUCUUCCAGAACAGUACUACAGUCUGACGUGGUUCCUGAGCCCCAUCCUGGGGCUGAUCUUCACUCCCCUGAUCGGCUCUGCCAGCGACCGCUGCACCUUGCCAUGGGGCCGCAGGCGGCCGUUCAUCCUGGCGCUCUGCAUCGGUGUGCUCCUGGGGGUGGCGCUGUUUCUCAACGGGUCCGUUAUAGGUUUGGCCGUUGGAGAUGUUCCCGGUAAGCAGCCAAUUGGUAUAGUCCUGACGGUGCUGGGCGUGGUGGUGUUGGAUUUCUCUGCCGACGCCUCGGAGGGGCCGAUCCGGGCCUAUCUGCUGGAUGUGGCAGAUACAGAGGAACAAGACAUGGCCCUGAACAUUCACGCCUUCUCUGCCGGUCUGGGUGGAGCUGUGGGGUACAUGCUGGGUGGUCUGGACUGGACUCAGACCUUUCUAGGGCAGGUCUUCAAGUCUCAAGAGCAGGUCCUGUUCUUCUUUGCUGCUAUCCUGUUCACCAUGUCGGUGGGGCUCCACCUGUUCAGCAUCGAGGAAGAGCAGUACAGCUCCCUGCAGGAUCGGCUGGACGAGGAGGCCGAAGCCAUGGGCUCCGUCAAGCUCAACGGCAGCCUGGGGGCCGCGGCACCGCCCUGCCCGGAGGAGAUGGGAGGAGACGAUCACUGCCGCUUCUACGACGAGGUGCGCUCAGAGCACGAUCUGGACAUGGAGUUCCUGGACGUGGGGAUCGUGAGGAGCAAGAGCGACUCUGUGCUGCACGUCGUGGACGCCACGCUGGAGACGGAGCCCGAGCUGCUGUUUCUGCGGGAGAUUGAGCCCUCCAUCUUCCAGGACCACCUGUCCUCCUGCCACGGCACCCCGGCGCGCAGGAGCAGCAGCGGCAGCGGCAGCCAGGAUGUGCUCCGGACCCGGUUCUGCCGGCUGUCUGCUUUCCUGCAGGAGAGCGAGAGCGAUAGGGAUGGGGUGGAGAUGCUGCUGGAUAACCAGCUGAAUGAAGCCAAGGCGCCCGACCAGAACGGCGUUCCAGUCAGCAGUGGCAGCAAGGGCUUCGCCGAGCACAGUUGCAUCGGCAUGAAGCAGUCGAGCACCUCGGCCUCCAUGCGCCGCCGCCGCCACAUGUUCUACCGGCAGCCCUCCUACACCUUCUCCUACUACGGCAAGGUGGGCACUCACCGCUACCGCUACCGGCGCGCCAACGCCGUGGUGCUCAUCAAGUCCUCCCGCAGCAUGAAUGACAUCUAUGACAUGCAGAAGCGACAGAAACGGCAGCGGCAGCGGCUGAGGCACCAGAGCGGGAACACCAACUCCAGUGGGGACACGGAGAGUGAGGAGGGCGAGACGGAGACCACCGUGCGGCUGCUCUGGCUCUCCAUGCUCAGGAUGCCCCGUCAGCUCCUGUGCCUCUGCCUCUGCCAUCUCCUCACCUGGUUUUCCAUCAUCGCCCAGGCCGUCUUCUACACCGACUUCAUGGGCCAGGUCAUCUAUGAGGGGGACCCACAGGCUCCCACAAACUCCACCGAGCUGCGCAACUACCACAAUGGAGUGCAGAUGGGUUGCUGGGGGCUGGUCAUCUAUGCAACCACGGCUGCAAUGUGCUCAGCCAUACUACAGAAGUACCUGGACAACUAUGACCUCAGCAUCAAGAUCAUCUACAUCCUGGGCACGCUGGGAUUCGCCAUCGGCACAGCAGUGAUGGCCAUCUUUCCCAAUGUCUACGUAACCAUGGUGAUGAUCAGCACCAUGGGCAUCAUCUCCAUGAGUGUGUCCUACUGUCCGUACGCCCUGCUGGGCCAGUACCAUGAGAUCGAAGAGUAUAUCCACGACAGCCCAGGCAACUCUAGACGAGGCUUCGGGAUCGACUGCGCCAUCCUGUCCUGCCAGGUGUACAUCUCCCAGAUCCUGGUGGCCUCAGCCCUGGGCGGGGUGGUGGAGGCGGUGGGCAGUGUGCGGGUCAUCCCAAUGGUGGCGUCAGUGGGGUCCUUCCUGGGCUUCCUGGCCUCCACAUUCCUCGUCAUCUACCCGCAGACACCGAGCGGCGACAAAGCCAAGGAAGAGCAACAAGCGGUGCUGGCCCUGCCGGCCGGCUCCUGUGAUGUGGAGAAGCCCACCGUUCUGAAGCUGACCCACAAAGGGGCCGCCGCGUCCUACGAUGUGGAAUGCGAGUCCAGGCUGUGAACUGAGGGUGCAGAGAAAGGCGGGGGAUUCCAUGUAUAUAACCAAUAGAAACAUUCCAAAUACAGAAUCAGUAAAAUGCAACAUGUACUGCAUGGUUUUGAAAGAAUGCUCAGCUAUGGAAUGAAAGCGUUUCUGUUUGAUUUCCACGGUGGCUGCAUAAUCUUUUAACUUCAGUGGAGUGGGGGAUCUAUCUUCUUUUGCUGUAGCAGAGUCUUAUUGGGUUAGGGAUCUCUUGGAUGGGGAUGCCUGAUAGAUAUUUGCUUACUGUAAAAUUAGAAAUUUUGGCACUUUAAAAAACAAAAAACUAAAAAACCACAAAGAAAUGAAAACAAUGUUUUUCUAAAUUAAUUUGAGGAAUCAACAGUUUUAAUUGCUUAUGCAAGUUUUGUUUCCUUUACAUUGUGGUUGUAUGUGUCGUUGGGUGGGGUGGGGGGAACUUGGGGUGGUGCUUGUUUAGUUUUGUUAUUUUGGGUGGGGGUGGAGGUGGGGGGGGGGUGCAGUGGGGUUCUCUGGCAGUGGCACUUUCAGGCAGAGUUGAUAUUGUGCAGAAACUGCUGCAAGUUCUUGAGCUUCCUUCAUUCUUGCAAACAGCCUCCAUUCCUGAUAUCCUGGUUACACUUGAGAAAGCUGUUUUCAGCAUCCUCAAAUGCUUCAGUGGGCAGAAAUACUGCUGUUUUCAUUGUUCAGUUUAAGAAAAACAAAGGGUUUGCCUGUUUCUUGAAGCAGAUCUUUGAAAUAAACCUUCUGCAUGACAUCGGCUCUGCCUUCAGGGUCUGGACUGACCCAGGCGUGGGAUGAAUGUCCGAAGUUGCAGCAAUGCGGGCACUUCACUGGAUUGCUGGUAACAUGCGGGCACUUCACUGGAUUGGAUCAGGAUCUUGAGUCUCCUCUUACUCAGGCGCCAGUCUGGAUCAGGCUCUUGAGUCUGCUGUUACUCAGGCGCCAGUCUGGAUCAGGCUCUUGAGUCUGCGAUCUCCAGGUUCUUCAGACUGAUGAUUUCACAAUUCCUGUAUUGCAUGUACUAAGAGAAAAUACACAGUGUUUCAAAUGAAAAGAAAUGAAUACAAUAAGAGCAAUUAAUUAAUCCAAAUCCUUAAACAAAGGUGCUGGGCAAUUUUUUUUAAUACAUACACAUAUAUAUAUAUAUGUGUGUGUGUGUGUGUGUGUGUGUGUGUGUGUGUGCGCGCACGUGUGUUCUUGUUUGUAUGCGCACAUAAUAGUACAAUCUAUAUAAGUAGAUUCAUGCAAAUAUAUAAAAUAUAUAUAUAUAUAUAUAUAUAUAUAUAAUGUGUUGAGUAGAAAAAGAAGAUUGCAUCUUAAGAUUUUUCGAAUGUAAAAAAGAAAAACCAUCGUUUUUUUGACAAAUCAAUUGAAAGUUGCAAUAAUGUAUCUGCCUCAUUGAUUAGGUGUAAUAGUUUUAAGGGGGGGGGAGGGGGGGGGGGGGUAAUUUUAGAAAUGCAUGCGUGACAUUUUGAUGUGUCCUUGUCAUCAACACUGACAUUUAGUCAUUAUGUAAAGAAAAAGAAACACUAGCGUAUGUCAUUCGUGAAAGACAAUUUAUUUUUUUUGAAAAUUGUAUUACUUGAAGUGCAACUGGAGUGUUUCUAAAUCUGAGGGAACACGACGCCACUUUGUGGCUUGGAACUUGGGCUUCAGGAGACUAGGUUUCACUGCAUGGCACACCAGAGGACACUUGGGGUUUGAUAAAGCAAAGUUGCCUCAAACUAGGUCUCCCAGUUUCCUGGAACCAAGUUUCAAGUUUAAGUUUCAGCUUAACAUGCAGAUAAAGACACACGCAUGAGCCAUCUUUUCAGGAGCCUUGUGGAGCGCGGGGCUCAGACUAGUACACACCUCUAGUUCAAGUAUUAGAUUCCUUAGAUUCCAUCAAGUUACAAUGUCAUGGUGCUGAAUGUAAUACUUUUUGUUUGAAUUCUUAAUGUAGUAGCUGCAGAACCGAAGUUGCACAGGACUUUAUAAAAACUCUACUACGUUGAAAAAAGAAAUCUAUAUAAAUAUAUAAUCUUGGGAAAGGAAAAAACCCAAGACUGUUAUUUGAGUAGAUAUUUAUUUUUUCUGGAAUUUUAUUGCAAAAUGUCCCUAGGUGUAUGCUGACUUUAUUUAAUGAAAAAAUAAAUAAAAUGUAUAUAUAUUUUAGACUUUGAACACAAAUGAGACCCAUUCUGACAACCUGAAUGUGUGUGCCUAUGGGAGUUUGGGGCCCAAAAGUCAACUAGUGAAAAUGUCAUAUUGUGCAUUAGUAUCGGAUUGUCACAUUUCGCUUACUAUUUGAUUUUCAUUAUACAGUCAGAACUCACAUAUCCAACCCUAUAAAAUUUUGACUUCCCUGAAGAACAGACAAUAUCAAAAACUGACAAUAUCAAAAAUACAUAUCUGAAAGGACUGUGUUUUAAAAUAAGCAGGCUUCCAUUUAGAUGUACUGUUUUUGUUGGUACUAUAUUUUCAACAGAAGGAGUAUUUUAAUUCAGAAUGAUAGGAUAAUGAAAAUAUAAUUUGCUAAAACUAUGUUAACUGUAAUACAGUGCAUACUUUUAAAUCCGGUACAUAUUGCAGCUGUAUGUAAAAUGUACCAUUAACGACCCAACAGCAAAAUGAAAUCUAAAUGUUAUGCAUGCACAGAACUCCAUAAAACGUAAAUGGCAAUGCAAUUUAGCAAAACAAAAAGAUUAAAAAAAAAAAAAAAAAAAAAAAAAAAAAA